AUGCUUGCGCUCUUUGCUUAUCUUGGGUAUGCGCAGGACUUGACGGAGAAGGUCUGGGGUAUCUUCGCGUAUACUAUCCACGGAGACAGCACUCCUGAUCUGUUGCCUCAAACAAAGACUCUGACGGCAUACGGUGCAAACCAACUAUACGCCGCCGGGGCGACCUUCAGAGAGAGAUACGUUGCCAUACCUGCGGACGAUUCGGUAGCUACAUUGAGGGUCCAGGGCUUGUCGGCAUAUACCAUUGACCCUGAUGAGGUUGUCACUUUGUCUACUCCCGAGCAGUUCAUGGUGGCGUCCGCACAAGCAUUUGUGCAAGGUCUCUUUCCCCCAGUCGGCCAGUUGAUAAAUGCGACCUUUCUUGAACCGAGCUCGCAGCUGGCAAAUGGAACGAUUGUCGCCUUCCCGUUGGAUGGAUACCAGUACCCGCAGAUUGUGACGCAGGGGUAUUCGGAUCCCAAUUCCAUCUCGAUCGCCGGUCAGGCAGACUGUUUCGCCCACGAGGUCGCGGAGUUUGAGUACCAAGUCAGUGACCAGUACCAGCAGAUCAAUGAAGAGACGGCAGCCUUCUAUCAAAACCUUUCCGCCAAUGCUCUUUCUAGCGUGCUCGAAACCUCGGCUACAGACUACAUGAACGCUUGCGAGAUCUCCGAGUACUUGGAUUACCAACAACUACACAAUUCGAGCUUACUGGACAGCGUCAGCGAAGACGAUGUCAUUCUUGCCCGCUCGCUGGCAGACAAGUAUGUCUACGCUGUAAACAGCAAUUCUUCCUCAGAGACAGGAAUCAACAAUGGCAACAUACGCUCCAUUGCCGGCCAGACACUGGCGGCACGAAUCCUGGAGAGCUUUGUUUCUAACGUGGAGGCGAGAGGGUCCUCGGAUAAAGUGACUCUUCUCUUCGGCAGACCAGAGUCUCCCGUGGCGCUUGCAUCCCUCCUACAGCUUGCGGCUCCCACUUACUCCAAGUUCCAGUCUCGCCCGAGCCUGGGUGCGUCUUUGGUCUUCGAGCUCUUCAGCCUCAGCAAUGAGUCUUAUCCGGUGUACCCGGACUCAUCUGAACUCUUCGUCCGCUUUCUGCUCCACAAUGGAACCAACUCGUCGACCCAGUUUGUUUCAUAUCCUCUGUUCGGCCAUGGUCCCAGUAAUAUCGCCAUUCCCUUUGACGAGUUCCUAGCCGGAAUGGAGCAGAUCUCCAUGGGGUCGACCGAAGAAUGGUGUCUUACCUGCAACUCGAAUUCGGUUUUCUGCGACGGCCUGGUCAGUAGCACUGGAUCUGAGAAGUCUGGGAAGAGCAACGGUAUGAGCCUGGCUGUCGCUGGCGUUAUCGGGGCAUUCGUCACUCUUGCGGUUAUCGGACUUCUAGCGGCCAUCGGUUUCCUCGUCUGUCGUGGUCGCCGGCAGUCUUGGAGACGCAGGUCGUCACCUGGAGGGUUUAAAGGGGAUCGCAAGCUAGCCAGUGACUGCGAUGUCAGCUUUAAUAAUCCAGUAUGGGGAGAUCUCAAGGCACCGGCAGAUAAUCAGCCAGCCAACACCGGCACCCCUGGCGAAGUUGCGACCACGGGGCACCAUCGUUCGGGCAGUUGGGAGAUGGGGCAACACAGGGACUCCAGUAGUGCAGGUCCUGCACAGAUUAGCAGAACCGGGCCUGCCUUUGACGAAGAGGAUGAAGACGAAUGGCGGAUUCAUAGUGUAAUGCAGCCUGUCAAGGCUCGUGAGAGUAUCUAA